AUGACCAGCGUCCGAGAGCACGAGAGGCUGCUCUUCGAGAAGUUCUGGCAGGGGACGUUCAAAGCGGUCGCCAUGCCGCGGCCGGAGAGUAUCAUCGUGGCCAGCAUCACCGCCGGAAGGACCUUGACCAAAUCUGACACGUCUGUCUCCGUGCCUCCCAAAGUCAGCGAGAAGAGCACCGCGUCCAGGGAGACGGCAGCGGUUGCCAAGCAGCACAGCAGACGUGCCAAGAAGAGGGGUCGUAAGCACCACAGCCAUCACCACCACAGCCAUCACCGCGCACGCAGUGUAUCUUUUGAUGGUGGCCUUUCCCCCCGGCCUAAGAGGAAGAAGAAGAAGAAGAAGUCGGAGCGCAAGAGGAGGCGGGAGAGGGCUCCGUCGUGUAGCCCCUCACCAGUGAGGAGGAAGAAGAAGAAGAAGAAGAAGAGCUCCAGAAAAAGAAAGCAGCACAGGACUGCAUCGAAAAAAAGAAGGCAUAGCUCUUCGGCCCUCAAACAUAAGAGGAGGGAGGAGAGGAAGCAUAAGAAAAGGUCACGGAGCCACACACACCGGAGACGACGGCACGCUAGGUCAGCAGGCGAGGGGUCCGCCUGGAAUACAUCCAGUACUGACAGCAGGCAACAUCUCCACGCAUCAGAUCCAUUCCAGCCAAAUGCAGUAGGCCUGGGGGACGCCCGCCAUCUGGACGCUGACCAAAGAGCUUUAGACUGGGGGACAGCAGUCAAGUUAGCCAGUAAAACGCCCCCACAUUUCAGCUGCAGUGCCCCGGACAGCACCAUUUCACAGUCAAAGCCUGGUGGCGAGGUUGUGCUCAAACGGACCAUCCUUGCUGACACGCGGUCCAAUCAGAACAAAGGGCCGCAGGAUUACGACUCGGGCAAUGACACGUCCUCGCCGCCGUCGUCUAAGACAGGCGUCUCAAGGUCAAACGUCAGCAGGGUCAAGUCCACCCUGGGCCGUGUGGACGGAGACAGUGCGUCCGACUCAGGCAACUCGGUGACCAGCUAUGUCUCGCUGUGCAAGCCAGUCGAGAGCACGCCCUCCUCCUCCCUCAGACCCGGGGUCUCUGCUGUGUGCAAGGCUGAGAUGCAGGUGCUCAGUAGCAGUCUGACUCCCCAGAGAAAGCGACGCAGGACCAGGGCCUCGAGCAGUGCCAGCAGGUCCAGAUCCUCGGCCAGCUCUCGUUACUCAGAUUCCUACUACUCCCGAAGUCCGUCCAGAUCGCCGGGGAGAAGGUCAUACUCCCGGUCGUCGGCCUACUCUUUGGACUCCAGGGACGCGAGUGUGUGCAGUGAUAAACUCUCCAAACACUCCCCCAGCAGGGAUCGAGAGUGGAGCAAGGAUCGCAGUCCUAGUGAGAAGCAGUCGAAGCGUGGCAAGAAAAGGCGCCGAAGAAAAUCCUACUCCCCCAUGCGGAAGAGGAGGAGAGAUUCACCCAGUCACCUUGAAUGCCCGGAAGAGGCCCAUUCCCUACUUCCGGCCCAGCCCCUCGUCUUGCAGUCGGGCCAGCAGCAUAUCUUCCUUGGGCAGCCUCUUCGGGAUAAUCCGCAACCACAGUCGCAGUCGCAGUCGCAGCUGGACUCGGACUCGGAGUCGGAGUCGAAGUCGGAGCAGGAGCAGGAGUAG